CGAGGAGGACAUGGAGCCGAACAGCUACGAGUUCUCCAGCCUGGAGCCUUUCUCGGCCUACGAGGCGCAGAUUCGCUGCAUCCCUGAGGACCGGAAGGGCUUCUGGAGCGACUGGAGCCCGCCCCUGACCUUCCGGACCCCCGAGGACGCCCCGCAGGGCCUGGUGGACGUGUGGCAAGCGGCCGGCCCCCCGGAGCCCGGACAGCCCAGCCUGCUGCUGCUGUGGAAGGUGAGACCCGUCCGGGUCUGUCGUGGUAGGGUUGAGGCUUCCCGGGGCGUAUCCCCUGGGUACCAAAGGGGUACAGCAGGCAGCUUCCUGUUGGUGCCGUCUGAUUGGCUACUUUCCGCCGUCACGUGACUCGCGGUGGGCACUCUGGUGUUAGGCUCCAUUCUGAUUGUCUUUCCUGCCCGGACACGCCUUCGCCCCCACGUCCUGCCCUAAACCGAAGGGUCACGUCUCCACACGGCGGCUAAUCCGCGGCCACGUCCCACCCCAGAAGUGGCUGCAUUGCAGGGUUGGCCACAGUU